GUCUGCGGUCAUGUCCUCCCGCUCACGCGCCCGCAAACCCAUUGUUCUCAGCGACUACGACCAGACGCAGAAGCUUACGUUCACGGCAUGGGUCAACUCGUAUCUGCGCAAGACGGGUGAGCGGAUGGACGACAUUGCCCAGUUUGCCGACGGGUUGACGCUCAUCACGUUUGUGCGUAAUCUGACAGGCGAGGACGUCAACGGCGGCAAGUACAAGACGUCGCCGCGGAUCCGGAUCCAGAUUGUAGAAAACAUCCAGCUGGCGCUCAAGCACAUUGAGGACCGCGGGAUCCGGGUGACGUGCGAUCCCGACAACUUUCUUGUCACCUCGGCCACAGACGUCCGCAUGGUCCUCGGCUUCCUUUGGCUCCUUAUCUGCAAGUACCAGAUCAAUGCCAUUGCCGAAGACUCUGUGGCGGCAGCGGCAUCGCGGGCAGCAGCUGCGUCGACGUCGUCUUCGGCGCCGACAUCGCUCGCCGACCGCAUGGCGCGGCGGCGCUCGCGCCAGCUCCGAAACUCGUCAUCGUCGUCGUCUGAGGGCCGCUCGUCAGGCACGUCGGGCGGCCUGGCAGUCCCGCGCGUCGGCGAGCGUGCCGUCUCGCUCUCACAGUCGAUGGCCGGUACGCAGAGCCUGCUCCAGUGGGUGGCGUCUGAGCUCAAGGCGUACUCGAUCACCGUGACGAACUUUGGCUCAUGCUUCCAGGAUGGGCGUGCUUUCUGCGCCCUCACCGAGCUUGCUGCGGGCGCCGAUGCCUUUAACUAUGCCGGCAUGUCGUUGGACGACCCGGUCCGUUCCAUGUCCAAUGCCUUUGCCACCGCCGACAUGGAGCUCGACAUUCCGCAGCUCCUGGUGCCCGAGGCAGUCGUCAAGGCGCCCGAUCCGCACUCGAUCAUGACGUACGUCUCAUACUUUCGGGCGCACCUUGCCGGCAAGCGCGCUGCCGAGCGGACGGCCAAGAUCGAGGCCGCCAACGCAGCGCUGGCCGCUGAGGACGAGGCCGAGGCCAAGGCGUCGGCUAUCACUACGUUCUCCAUCUCGGUGGAGGACACCGAUGCACACGCCGCGGUUGCGGCGGCAGCACCCGACGCACCGACGACAGCACCCGUGUCUGCAGCACCAAGCAACGGUGGGCGCAUGUACACGCAGGCCGAGCUCGACGCCAAGGUCGCCGCCGCCGUCGAGGCGCACAAGACCUCGGCGGCGGCGUCGGCGGCCAUGGCAGCGCAGGAGGCGCGGCAGGUCCAGAUGGACCUGCUCUCAGAGAAGGAGCGCAUGUCAAAGCGGAUUGAGGAGCUGAUGGUGGCGCUGCGGGCCGAGCAGGCCGCGCACGUGGCGUCGAACAACGAGGCCGGCGCGACGCUCAAGGAGCUGCGGGCUCAGGUGACCGCAGCCAAGGCGGCGGCCGAGCCGCUAGCAGCCACCAACACACAGCUCGAGAACAAGCUCUCAGAGACGGCGACAAAGGCGGCUGGCUUCAAGGAAUCGCUCAAGGUGGUGGAGAAGGCGCUCGAGUCCAAGACGCGUGACGCCAACGCAGCACACCUCAAGCUCAUCGACGUCGAGGCCGAGCUCGAGGCCGCGCUAGAAAAGAUUGCCACUCUCGAGUCGCAGAACUCGGACAUGUCCGCCGAGCUCUCGCAGUCGCAGUCGGCCAUCUCGAUGGCCAAGGCCGAGUCCAAGAAGCUCGCGGCGACGUCGCAGCUCACGUUGCAAGAGGCACACUUGCGGAUCAACGAGCUCGAGGCCUCGCUCGAGCAGUACCGCACGGCACUCGUGGACAAGUCCAAGUCGCGCAAAGCACUCAAGGAGGCGCUCAUCGCCGAGCGCAAGAAGAACUCUGAGCUUGCUGGCGACGUCGAGGCCAUCCGCACCGCCGCCGAAAAGUAUCGCGCCAAGCUCAAGGUCUCCAAGAAGCUGCUCAAGGUUGCCCAGGAGAAGGCCAACUCGGUCAAGGCCAAGAACCGACUGCUCGGCGACCGCCUGAUGGAGGUCAAGACCAAGAACAAGGAGGAGAAGCGCAAGGCUAAGGAGAACGAGAUCAAGACCAUUGCCGCCCGCGAGGUCAAGGUCAAGGGCGCCGUCAUGGGCGAGCUCGAGCGUCAGCGCAUGGAGCUCAUCAAGCGCCUCGCCCAGGCCAAGUACCAGCGCUCGGCAACGCCGACCAACACCAACUCGGGCAAGCCCGGCUCCCGCCCCGGCUCCCGUCGCUCCUCCGUCGCCAACGCAGGCGUCCUUCCCGUCACCCCCUCUUCCGAGCCUCGGCGGCGCUCGUUGUUGUCUCCUCAGGAUUGAAGUAGGCCAUCAGCCCGGCGGCCGCAUGCCAGAA